UAUUAUAUCUUAAAUACCUUCCAUGAUUGUCACUGUUUGUUGUUUUUGAUUUAAAAGUUACUUUCUCACUUCAAAAACCGAUUUUAAAGAUGUCUGGUCGAGGCAAAGGAGGUAAGGUGAAAGGAAAAAGCAAGACUCGGUCCAGUCGUGCUGGAUUACAAUUUCCUGUGGGUCGUAUUCACAGAUUACUUCGAAAAGGAAACUACGCGGAGCGCGUUGGUGCUGGAGCUCCUGUCUAUCUAGCAGCGGUCUUGGAAUACCUGGCUGCUGAAGUUCUGGAAUUGGCCGGCAAUGCAGCCCGCGACAAUAAAAAGACUCGUAUUAUUCCUCGUCAUCUGCAACUAGCAAUAAGAAACGACGAAGAAUUGAACAAACUAUUGUCGGGUGUGACAAUCGCUCAGGGAGGUGUCUUGCCAAAUAUUCAAGCUGUUCUGUUGCCGAAAAAGACUGAGAAAAAAGCGUAAUUUUCCAUUUUUCGAAUUGAUCCACUAAAUUUCAUUGAUACCAAUAUCAUUCCAACACUGCUGUUUUAUUUCAACCUGUGUUGCAUGGAUUUUCUUUUACUGUGAGACUGUCGCUCUAUAUUUGACAUUGAUUGUGGCUUGUGUAACGUGUAAAAUAGUUCCAAUAAAUCAAUGUAGUGAUUUGGUUUUA